AUGCCUCGAAGACGCAGAACCGAAGAACAGGUCAGGCAACUACAGCCGACAGUUAACCGCUUCGCUGAGGACACUUCAAUGCUAGGCUUCAGAUACCUUCACACUCGGUACAAGACCUGGUUCAGGUUGCUAUGGGCGCUUGUUCUCACCUUCUUCGUCGGUUUGACUGUAUACCAAGUAUGUGAGCGAAUAGCUUACUACUUCAUCAGAGCGUCGUCGCUGGCUGCGCAAGAACCCGAGCUCGUUCGACUCCUGUCUCUAAUCUACGACGAUGAUGGCAAUGUAAUAAUAGAUGUCUUUAGAUAG